GUAAAAUACUCGCGCGAAGUAAAGCGUCGAUUUAACCCCCUCUCUCGCUCCUCCGUCCCCCCUCCCUCUCCAAAUGGAGUCUAUAUCAACGAAGCUUUACACAGAUGAUGUGAGUCUCCUCAUGGUUUUGAUCGAUACCAACCCUUAUUUCUGGAGUUCCAUCCCUACCCAGGUGUCUUCGGCCGACGCUGGUGGCGGAAACCCUCCAUCUUCUGCUGCCUCCAACAACUCAGCCUUCUCUUUGUUCUUGAGCCACGUUCUUCCUUUCCUGAACUCGAUUCUUCUGCUCAAUCAACUCAACCAAGUGGUCGUAAUUGCUACGGGUGUCAAUUCCUGUGACUACAUAUUUGAUUCCUCCUCGGCCUCGGAGACUGGUGCCGCAAACGUGAAGCAGCCGGGCAAGUCUGCGAAUCCGCUUCCUCUCAAUUCGUCGACGAUCCUGCAGAGGCUCGAAAGUUUUAUCGUGGAGGACCGGCAGUUAGCUAAAAGCGAUGCUGCCGUGGCGUCCGGAAAAGUACAUUCUCUUGUCUCCGGCUCGCUGUCUCUGGCGCUUUGCUAUAUUCAGAGACUAUUUCGUUCUGGACCAAUUCAUCCGCAACCUAGGAUUCUGUGUUUUCAGGCCGCUCCAGAUGGACCAGAACAAUAUGUUGCAGUUAUGAAUGCAAUUUUCUCAGCACAACGCUCCAUGGUACCAAUAGAUUCUUGUGUCAUAGGGAGUCAGCAUUCUGCCUUCUUGCAGCAGGCUUCAUUCAUGACUGGAGGGGUGUAUUUGAAGCCUCAACUCAGCGGCCUAUUUCAGUACCUCACGAUGGUUUUUGCAACUGAUCUGCAUUCUCGUCGAUUUUUGCAACUCCCCAAGCCAGUUGGUGUUGAUUUUCGUGCCUCAUGCUUUUGCCAUAAAAAGACAAUUAAUAUGGGCUAUGUUUGUUCUGUUUGUCUAUCCAUAUUCUGCAAGUCUCACAAGAAAUGUUCAACCUGUGGGUCAGCUUUCAAUCAGGGCAACUCUGACCAAUCGCAGAUAUCAGAUAAGAAGAGAAAGAGUUCCGACUCCUAACUCAUUUUUGACAAGAAGCACCUAUUGAGCUUUCCAAUUUUAAGUGCAUUUCAAAAGCUUAUAUCUUGUGCAGCUGGUGAUCUUGCUAAUCUAUCCGUUGCUUGCAUCAUUCAGUGCUAAUCGAUGGCAGUUCUGUAUUAGCAUUUUCUUGCAACCGAGUAUCAAAUGUAUAUGCGGAUCUAAGCCCAUGGAGCUAAAUGCUUCUGUUCGACAUGGGCCAUAACAGAGAUGCUCCUCAAAAUUUUGGCGAGAUGGUUAAAGACUUAAAGCUACUGCUGAGAAA